AUGAGUCUAGGCAGCUUGAACAGUUCUGGGACAAUUAAAGAUUCAUUGCCUAAUAGUUUCGAUACUUCUUAUCUUUCAAACCCAAAAACCGAUAAAUCAGCUUACAAAAAAGAUAAAAAUUGUUCUAUCUGUGGAUCUCCUUUUACACUCUUAGGGUCUACUCAAAAAAAUGUGUGCCAGUUUUGCUAUCAUGGAGUAUGUGGCCGGUGUUGCUCUCAGACGGUCUACGAAGCAAUUAAAGAUGAAGCUCUUAAAAUCUGUGACAACUGCUAUAGUGAAUAUAUAAAAACCCAAGUUACCAGCAAAAUUCAAUUUGAAAUUAUGGAUGUGAAGGCACAAAACAGAUUUAUAGAAGAGCAAAUAGUGAAGGAACAGAAAGCUUAUGAAAGCGAAAAAGAGAUGUAUCAAAAAGGCAAACAAAAAUAUAAGGAAAUUGAAGAGAAAAUUGACCAGAAUAAUAAAAGAACAAUAAGGCAAAGGGAUAAGAUACAAGCAAGCAUUGGAAGAAUUGGAGAAAUGAUGAUUAGAUUAGAUUAACGCUAGGUAUUUAAGGUCCCCACUACGUCCGAGGAAGCAUUCUACGGUUUCCCGUGUGGUGGCAGAGCGUUCACCAAGCCCGGGCCGAAACCCCGGUUUCUCGGUAGAGGCAUUGUCAAGGGCCGUCUCAUACCGGCUUUGCUGACCGCCUCCAUUUCCAACUUGAAUCGUCGCCUAAGUUUACGCCAACACUGCCGCGUCGUCCGCCAGAUCUGCCCAUUUAAGGGCACCUUUUAAACUGGAGAGACCCCCGUUUAGUUGUCUAACUCGCCUUCCCCUCUUUUCCGGUCAUCCCGAGAAAGAACUCAACAGCUUUCGCCAUUCGGGGCGAGCCACAAAAGCAGCUUAGGCAGGUAAGUCGCCCUGCCUCAUUUUGGGCACUCACUGGGCUGAGCGCUGCUGGCAAAAAGAAGUCACGAGUAACUGCCCAUGGGUCUGGUUACAAAAACAGCGGCUUUUGCGCUUAGGCCUCUCGCUUCGAGGUCCCAGACGUUGUUGGGCUAACUCCUGGCUCCAAAAACCAUGCCCGGAUAUACAUGGGUAACCACCACUGAGAGGGUGGGUCGAUCGCCGUCCGCCAUUUUAUGUAUAUGGAGAAAUGAUGAUAAAAUUAGAAGCGAAAGUUGAAGAACUGAGCUUAAUAGCGCAAGCAAAAGAAAUAAAGGUCAAUAACUAUAAGAAUGAAAUCUCUGACAUACAAGGGAAUACUGAUAAGAACAACAAUGCGUGUUCAGAUAUUAAAAAUUCAAUAGAAGAAUAUAAUAUUGUGAAUACCCUAUUAUUCUAAUAAUGGGUCUUGAUUAUUUCAUUCUAAGAAUCCAGUACUCUUCUAUGUCAUUUAUAAGUGAUUGUGAAUUUGCUUUUAAUUUAUGUUUUUAUUAUUAUUUAAAUAUAAAAAUGACCAUUCCUUUUUCACUGCAUAUUAAUAUUAUAAAAUAUUCUAUUUAAUAGAAGAGCAAGGUCUUAAAGCAAGUUUUACUGUACAAAAAUUAAUGAUGACAUUGUACGUAGUCAAGAAGAACAAGAACUUGGCAUUCUGAAUUCAUUUCGACCUUCAGACGAAGUCGAAUUAUUCCUUAUCAGUUUAAUUCAACAUUAGCCAACUAAAUUCGUGCAAUUUCAAUUAUUGUUAUAUGAUAAAAUUAGGCAAUUUCUCCACCACAAAUAAAAUAUAAAAUAAAAACACAGAUUUAUUUAGUAUAACUUUCAAACUUCGUCGGCUUCGUACUCAAAUCGAAGAGCAAAGGGCAGAGAAUAAAAGGCUUGAAAAGAAAAAGCAGGAACUAAGAAAAGAAGGAGGAGCGAAAACUGCUGCAGUUUCUGCUCUUUCAACCUCUCUUUUAGUUUCUCAAGGUGGCUCAAAUCCAGUAACAUUUUGUGCAAAAAUUAUGAAUCCUAUCAAAAUUAUGAAAAUCAUGAAAGAAAAGGCUGGAACACAGGAAGAAGAAAUUAAUGCCCUAAAAAAGGAGCUUGAAGAAAUUAAAAAUUCAGAAAAAAUCGACCAAAAGGAGGAUUUUAAGAAUAAAUUGAAAAGAAAUAAAUAA